GAUAUAUACUUUCUGAACAUAAACCCUAAUUUCAGGAUCCCCAAAUUCACUUCCAUUUGAUUCAAACACAUUCAAAUGUACGGAUCCGAUAGCAUAAACGACGAUUCAGAGAGAACCGCCUUUCGAAAAACCGAGAAGAAGUACAAAUUAUAUUACGAUUCCACUUCAAAAUCUUCAAAAAAGAAGAAGCAACCGAGACCUGUAGAUUUGUCGGAAGUUAUCGAUUUUAAGGCUAUUUCAGAAUCAUUUGAUAGAAACGGUGAUCUUCGUGCUGGAGUUUCGAAGCUUGAGUGUCCGUUUGAUAGGCCUGUGUUCUGCUUGGAUGAUUGCCCUGGUUUUUAUUUCAUCCCGGCAGCAUUGAGUAUUGAAGAACAAUGCAGGUGGAUCAAGGAGAGUUUAAUGAGUUUCCCUCAACCUCCAAACAGAACAAAUCACAAUGCUAUUUACGGAGCCGUACAUAAUCUGUUCAACGCUGCAAAAAACAAACAAGCGUUAGUUAAAGACGAAACCGCCCCCGCUGAAGAUGAUUCCGUUAGUGUAGAUAUCAACUCUCAAAAUCAUAGGUGGGCUUGUUUGGAAGAACUUGAUUCAUCAGUUAACGGAGAUAGUUGUAAAUCGGUAUCCGCAUCAGUCUUGCUAAGGAAGUUAAGAUGGAGCACUCUUGGUCUGCAAUUUGACUGGUCAAAGAGGAGUUAUAACGUUUCUCUCCCUCACAAUAAGAUCCCGGACGCUCUUUGUCAACUGGCUAAGAAAAUGGCUGCUCCUGCAAUGGCGGUUGGAGAAGAAUUUCAACCUGAAGCUGCAAUUGUUAAUUACUUUGGGUCAGGUGAUAUGCUCGGUGGUCACCUUGAUGACAUGGAGGCAGAUUGGAGUAAACCUAUUGUAAGCAUGAGUUUGGGAUGCAAAGCUAUUUUCCUUCUUGGAGGGAAGUCCAGAAAUGAUGAACCAUUAGCAAUGUUUCUUCGCAGUGGCGAUAUUGUGUUAAUGUCUGGUGAAGCAAGGGAGCGUUUUCAUGGCGUUCCUCGGAUUUUUACAGAUACAGAACACGCAGAGAUCGGGUCUUUAGAAAAGCAAUUUUCAGAUGAAGAUGAUAGUUUUUACUUGGAAUAUAUUAAAACUUCAAGAAUAAACAUCAAUAUCCGGCAAGUUUUCUGAUUAGUUAUCUUUGCGUGAACCGAUCAAAACUAGUUUCGAUAAGUUGCUCUAGUUUCAGGGUUUGUUGCUAUUCAUUACAGUUUACAGUAUAACUCAAAUACUUUCAUUUUUGACUCUUUAAAUUUAUGUACUUUUGUUUUAUAUCC